AUGGCCCUCGCAGCGCAGGCGGCCGGGCUCAAUGUCACCCGGCUGGACGGGGACUGGCAGGUGAAUCGCAGAGUACGUUUACAGCUGCACUUACCACCUGCAUUUUUUAAUCCCCCCCAGGUUUACUCUGCUAUAAAAUGGAUACAGUUUGUCAUGGCCACUUUCAGUGUUAUAGGUUCCAGCUCCAUUAUUGCCUAUGCUGUCUUUCAAAAUGUAGUGAGAUCCCCCGAGGUGCGCCCUCUGUUCUACCUGAGCUUCUCUGACCUGUUUCUGGGGAUGUGCUGGCUCAUUGGGGCUCUUCUCUCUACCACACCAACCACAAAUCAAGAUGUUGUCUGCUAUAAUCUUCAAACAACUGGUCAGAUCUUUUAUGUAGCCUCUUUUCUGUACACUGUCAACUAUACCUGGCAUCUGUACGUGGAUUUAAAGGUGAAAUACAAUCAGAACCUGUACAGCAUGUCCCCUCUGGUUUUAGAUCAUGCAAAUCGCAUUGGCCGAAUAGCAACAAUUUUGUCCAGCGUCAUCCCUUUCUUAUUAAUGGUUCCUGUGUUUUGUUUGGGCAACAGCAAUGAUUGCUACCAGAACUUCAGCCAGAACAACGGGUGUCUCCUGAUGCACACAGAAACGGCCAUGCUCACUGGCCAACUGCAAACCCAUGGUGUCUCUGUUUGUUCUGUGAUAUAUUUCUAUGGCGUUGGAGUCUUCCUGGUCUCCUUCCUGAUCAGCUUCAUAGCCAUUAUGGUUCUUCUCAUCCAAGCCCGAGCUUUGUACAAAAGGUUCAUAAACUCAACAGGAUUCCUGGGUGAUCAACAGUGGGCAAUGAUAAAAAUAGUGGAACAACAAGUGGUUUUCUACCCUAUCGCUUUCUUCUGUUGUUGGGGCCCAGCCGUCCUCCUUGGAAUAGUGAAGUUGACUGUUUCAGUGAACAGCAGAAUCUGCAUGGCUCUUUAUAUCCUACAGGCUCUAACAGCAGCUUCCCAGGGGCUCCUAAACUGCAUCGUUUAUGGGUGGACCCAGCACAUGUUCCGCUGCAUGAAACGCAAUGCUUGCCGUGACAUUGACACGCAGACGCCUCUCUUACGUUCCCAGAAGAAGUACUAUGCCAGCACGUUCCCCACCAGCACCCAGGCAGCAGCUGUAGCCACAUCCACGGUGUUGUGAGAAUUCUCUGCCCAGAAGGAAUGGGCAGCAUGUUGCCUUGCAACCCUGGCCCGGUCCCGUCUGUGAGACGUCAGCCAGAGCUAUUCUGCUGAUUUUCUUGUUCGGAACUGUUUUGUCAGUAACACCUGCAGAGUUAGGCUGGGAAAGCCUGAGUACAUCUAGCUGGAGAUCAGCUGUUUCACGGAAGAUCAUUAUUUAUUUUAUAGUUUUUUAUGACUUUGUAAUGGAUUAUUUUACCUUUGUAAGCCAUUUAGUGCAGUCUUUUUCUUAUGGAAACAUCUCCAGGAUUUGCUGGGAAUUGUACAUCAGAGAUCCUUUACAGCUCCUUAAAGACCUUUCCCAUAAGGGUAGAUGACCAGGGGAUAUUUGUCUUUCCUCAGUGAUGAUCAGAUAUUUGUAAUUACAAUUGAACAAUAAAGCCAA